AUGGACAAAAGUAUGAUAGAUGCAGCAGCUGGAGGAGCUUUAGUGAACAAAACUCCAGAACAAGCACGGGAGCUAAUUUCGAAUAUGGCUGAAAAUUCACAGCAAUUUGGAAGUAGAGCACUUACUACUAGAAGAGUUGGUGAAGUUCAAAUGGUUUCUAAUGAACAAAAGGAGAUAAGGAAUUCAUUGAUGGAAUUGACAACCUUGGUGAAACAAUUAUCCUUGAACAAUGCUACUCAACCUUUUGUUGUUCCAAAUAUGCAAUUUCCAUGUAAACAAAGCAUAGUUUGUAGCAUUUGUUCGAGUCAAGAUCACCUUUCAGAACUUUGUCCAAAUCUCCAUCAAGAUGAAUCUUUGGCAGCAUUCUCUAGAGCCCAGUUCCAACAAAAACAUGACCCCAUUUCAGCCACACUUCCAGCAAUUUCCAGCAACCUCAGCAAGGUUUCCAGCAGCAUAAUCAGAAUUUCCAGCAAGGUUUUCAGCAUCAUUACCAACCUGCAAAUCAAUAUCAGCAAUCGUAUCAACCUUAUCAGCAAUUUGAAUCAGAAUCAGCAUUAUCAAUCUCAAAAUCAGAAUUUCCAGCAAGCAAUUCCAGCACUUCCAGCACCUACAAGGUUGAGUUUAACUCAAGGAGGUUCCAAUAAUGCUUCAAAUUCAGAUCCACAACAAGCUAGAUUGGAGGAAUUGAUGCAGCAAAUUCUUCUGCAAAAUCAGAACCAGCAAAGAACAGAUUCUGCUCUUCAAAACUUAGAGAGGCAGAUUGGACAAUUAGCUUCCAGCAUUAAUCAAAUUCAAGCUCAGGGAUCUGGUCAAUUGCCUUCACAAACGACUCCUAAUCCUAAAGGAAACGUUAGUGCAUUGACUUUGAGAAGUGGGAGAAAAGUUUCAGAUAUUUCCAGAGAAGGGGAUGUUGCUAAAAAUUUUCCAAAAAUGCAGCAAUUCAAUUUCAGCAGUGAAGAAAUUCCAGAAGUUCGGAAUGUGCCAAUGUCGAGUUCCACUCAAAUUCAUAAGGAUCCUUUGGAUUUGGAGCAUGAACAAGGAAGAAAUAGUUGCAUUCCGGAAAUUUCCAGCAAGUUUUCUCCAGAUGAGCAGUUUCCAGCAGCAGCAACUCCAGAAAGUAGCAAAUCUGGAAAUGCAGGAUUUCAGAAUUCAGAGCCGAGCAUUCCAUUGCCUUUCCCUCAACGCAAAGUUCAACCAAGGAAGAAUGUAGAGGAGGAGAAAGCAAAGGAGUUCCAAGAGCUUGUGGAUUUAUUUAGCAAGGUGGAAGUAAAUGUUCCUUUACUCACAAUGAUCAAGCAAAUUCCAAAAUAUGCAAAAUUUUUGAAGGAUCUUUGUGUGCACAAGAAGAAAUUGAAGGGGAAUGAGUUGAUUAGCAUGGGAAAAAAUGUAUCUGCACUUCUUCAACCAGUUCCUCAUAAAUGUGAAGAUCCUGGUGUGUUUACAAUCCCUUGUGAGAUUGGAAGUAGUCUUUUUAAGGAUGCCAUGCUAGAUUUGGGAGCUUCAAUUAAUGUGAUGCCAAAAUCAAUUUUUUAG